ACACUUUUAUAAACAGACUGAAAAGGAACACAGCUGAAACUGUAUAAUUUACUUGCGUUUGUACUCUUGCUAGCUUUCCAUAGUAUAGGAACGGCUAGCUCUAAAGUACAUAACUUAUAUAAUGCCGUGUAAAGUGCUGUUAUUAAAGUUAUUUUGUCUAUUGAUUGUUAUUAAUAGUCGAACGGACUCUUCAAAAGAUACUCAAAGCGAGCGAUUUUUUGAUGACGAUGAAGGUAAAGAGUAUUCCGAUAUUUGGGCUGUGGAACUUGAAGAAGGUGCUGAUCCUGACAUAGUAGCGAGGGACAAUGGUUUUAAGAAUAAAGGUGUUAUACAUGAGAAAAGAUUUUACGAGUUUGUGUACGAUGGUCCUAGAAAACAUCUUGCUAAGAGAGCCAGUCGUCGCCAUGUUGAACUUAUCCAUCGUCGUCUCUCAGAUCACCCACACGUAAAGUGGUUUGAACGACAGUUAAUCUUACACCGAGUGAAGCGCUCGCUUACUUUUAAUGAUCCUAAACUCGAAUAUCAAUGGUAUAUUCGUAAUACUGGUAAAUUUAACAGCGGUCUUAAAGGCUAUGAUCUACGUAUAUGGCCAGUUUGGGAACUUGGGUACACUGGUAAAGGCGUCAAAAUUGCAGUUCUUGAUGAUGGCUUAGACCAUACCCAUCCUGAUAUUAAAACAAAUUAUGACCCGCAUGCAAGUUAUGAUUUUAAUGGUGAAGAUCCAGACCCAUUUCCUCGUGAUAGCGAUCCUUAUAAUGCUCACGGUACUAAAUGUUCUGGUGAGAUUGCUGCCGUUGCAAAUAACAGCAUUUGUGGAGUUGGUGUGGCAUUUGGAGCAAGUAUCGGAGCAGUGAGAAUGUUGGAUGGAAAAGCCACUGAUUCCUUGGAAGCAAAAUCUUUAGGAUUUAGAAAUGAUUACAUUGAUAUAUAUUCUUGUUCUUGGGGUCCUAAAGAUGACGGUAAAACAUUUGGACGACCUGGAAGAUUGGCAAAGAAAGCUUUCGUUAAAGGAGCUGAGCGUGGUAGAAAAGGAAAAGGAAACAUUUACGUGUGGGCGACUGGCAAUGGUGGUUUAGUUGGUGAUGAUUGUGACUGUGAUGGAUACACAACUAGUAUUUAUACUCUAUCCAUUGGUGCUAUCAGUGAUCAUGGCUUAUCCACGUAUUAUGAUGAAAAGUGUGCUUCAACUAUAGCAGUUGUUUUCACAGCUGACAGUCAUCGUGGUUCAAUAUAUACAGGAGAUAAACUUAUUACAACUGGAUUACAUCAUCAAUGUGAGGAGACAUUUCGUGGAACAUCAUCUGCCGCUCCACUAGCUGCUGGAAUAAUUGCUCUUUUGCUUGAAGCAAAUCCAAAUCUGACGUGGCGAGAUGUUCAACAUAUUGUCGUCCAUACUUCUAAAAAGACAAGUCCAUUAGACGAGGGUUGGAGAAGAAAUGGCGCUGGGUUUGAAUUUAAUCAUAAGUUUGGUUUUGGUAGAAUGGAUGCUCUUGCCAUGGUUCAAGCUGGAUUAAAGUGGAAGUAUGUCGCUCCGCAGCAUGUUUGUAGAAUUCUUGGAAAGCAAAAAAAUGUUCCAAUACCUAAACGAGGUCAAGCAGUUGUUCAUCUCAAAACCAGAGGUUGUCGAGGCCAAUCUAACGAAGUGAAGAAAGUAGAGCAUGUUGACGUCACGGUUACUAUACGUCAUCGUCGUCGUGGUGAUCUCAAUAUAACCAUAGUUUCUCCUCGCGGUACCACAAGUAAUCUUCUUACCCCCAGGAGAUAUGAUAGCUCUACGAAAGGAUUGAAAGAUUGGACAUUUAUGACUGUCCAACUGUGGGGUGAAAAUCCGUUUGGUGUAUGGACUCUGUACGUACGAGAUCAAGAUGCCAACCAUUAUAACAAUGAUAUACAGGACAAUGAAGAUCGUUAUAGGAAAAUAUUGGAUGAAAGAAAGGCCAAUCGAGCGAGAGAUUUCAUCCCUGGAGCGUAUGAUUUUAUUCACGACGAAGUUCAUCAUGGUAGAUACAAAGAAGACUACAUGAGAGAUGAGAUUCCACUUAAAGAAACUGAACAAAAUCCAGAGAAACUCAGUGAAGGUUUCAAGGAAUCAGAUGAAUAUAGACUUAAAAGUACGCCUGCUGGUUACCUAGUCAAGUGGAGUAUUACGCUAUAUGGUACAAACAAAUAAAAUCAAAUGAUUAAGGAACUGGAACAUGAAAAAGAAGUGACACAUCCUAUGAUUUUAAAUUGUGUAGUUUUAUUAAAGAAAACUUUAUGUGGACAAAAUUUUCCCAAUUUGAAAGAGAUGUGUUUUGUAAUUUGAAUGUGUUAUUAAAAACUUCAUUUAUGAUUAACAUCUCCUAUCUCACAUUUAAUAAAACAUUCAAAUUCGUAAAUACGCUUUCAAUGUAUAAAGACUCCCUUGAAAGUGAUCAUGAAAGUGUAAUUUGUUUGCUAUGUAAAAUUUUUACAUUAAUUAAAGCAGAUAUUUCAAUAUUGUAAGAAUAUAAUGAAAUAUUUGUAUUGUAUUUUCGUAUUCGUGACGUUGAUAUCAAAUGAUAUUUUGUUUCAUCUCUAUAGUAUGGAUAACUACAAAAAAUUAUUUAUCUUUUAUCCUGCAAUAUUUUAGGCAAAUGUUUACGUACAGAAUAGAUAGAAGAAUAACUUAAGUACAGCAAAGUUGUAAACAGUAUGAAAACAUGCAAGUAAAAAUAUCAAAUAGAGAUUUUGAUGAAUUAAAA